AUGCCCCGAUGGGGAAGACCACCGGGGGCACGAGUGGGGAGAGAAAACAGACGUGCAGCUCCGUGGGUGGACGGUGCGGCACGGAUCGAGGAGGUUGACAGCGAGGAGGAGGAGGAUGCAUACGCUCGAUCGGCGUAUGCGAGGCAGUCGGCGAGUCGGGACGAGGGUGGAGGGUCUAGGUUGCGCAGGCGGAAGAUGGAUUACGAUGAUUAUGUGGACGAGAUGAAUUCGAUUGAUGGGGUGGACUAUGAUCUGCGUGAGGACAUGGACAGCACAGUGGCGUAUGCAGUUCAGCUAGCCAUGAAGGACAAGGAGGAACGGUUGGUGGAUCAAGCCUUGGAACGAAUUCGACGCGCUCAAAAGCAGGGUCAGAAGAACGUACGACUUUCGGGUCGAGAAAUGGAGGCGCUGGAGCGCAAGCGCAUGCAGGCAAACCGCACUCCUGAUCACGACUACCGGAAUACAAGUCCCCAGGUUUCCCCCGGUGGCAGCCGAUCCUCGAAGCCACCGGACAGCCCCAGCAGCAAAAGGGGAGCGCAGCGGAGAGGGUCCAAUGCCUCGACAGCGAACAAGCAUGGCGUGCCCUCACCGUUAGCCGAAAACAACGCUGCCUAUGCGUUCUGGGCCUGGACCUCGGGGGCCUCUGGCGGGUCCCCAGCUUCUGCACGUUCGCCAUCUGCCCGCACGCCUACAAGCCAAGCACCGCCUCGAUCCCCGCUCCAGCCAGCUUACGCCUUCGACCGCCUGGCUUCCGUCCCUCAGAUUCGCACACCGGUGGGCGUGAAGAGUCCCUCUGUGCGUUCCCUUCCCGAUGAUCCACAGUGGGCGCCUCCGUACCCUCCGCCGUAUCCAAGAGAACCGCCGCCGUACCCGACCGAUCGUCGACGCCCCGAGCCAACUCCAUAUAUGUCAGGCUACCGCAGCGUCUUUGACGAUUCUGCGCGUAGCAACAGGCGAGGUGUGACUGCUAUGCCGGGGGCUGCGAUGGAGGGGCGUCUCAGUCCAGAGGAAGAAGAGGAGGAAGAAAAUAGUUCCGAUAACAGCGCCAUGGUUGAGCGCCGCGUGGCCGGCAGUACGCCGACACGGGGGCCAAUCGGGCGAGGCAGUCGACCCCGGAGCAGUCGAUCUUGA